GGGUCAUGUGAUCGCGCUGACUCAGCCGCAUGCCGGAAGAAGGUAUAAAUCUCGGACACGGGGAAGAAGUGAGAGACGGAGCGGAAAGGCGCGGAGAGACAGCGGUGAAAGACGAGAGACGGAGCUGGAAGGAUGUUGUUCCAGCUGUUGUUGCUUAGCAUUGCCACGGUGACGGCCAGACCCCCGCUGGACCCUGACCCCCUCUCACCGGACUUCGUCACCCUCAUCAAUAAGCUCAACACCACCUGGCGGGCCGGUCAGAACUUCCAGAACGUUCCAUUCAGCCUGGUGAAGCGAUUGUGUGGGACCUUCCUAAAGGGACCUCGACUGCCCCUGAGGUCUGAGGACAUUGCCAUUGCAAAGCUCCCAAGGAACUUCGAUUCCCGAGAGCAGUGGCCGGACUGCCCAACAAUUAAGGAGAUUCGGGACCAGGGUUCCUGUGGAUCAUGUUGGGCCUUUGGCGCAGUGGAAGCCAUGUCAGAUAGGAUUUGUAUCCAUUCCAAGGGUCAGGUUAAUGCGGAGCUCUCUGCUGAAGAUCUCCUAACCUGCUGUGGCUUCGAGUGCGGAGAUGGAUGUAAUGGGGGCUACCCAUCACAAGCCUGGAAAUACUGGACACAGAAAGGACUGGUGACUGGGGGGCUCUACAAUUCCCACACAGGUUGCCGUCCAUACUCGAUCCCUCCAUGUGAGCACCAUGUGAAUGGGUCACGACCGCCAUGUACAGGGGAGAUCCCCACCCCCCAGUGCACCCAGAUGUGUGAGGCCGGCUACACCCCCAGCUAUUCCCAAGAUAAACAUUACGGCAUGAGCUCCUACAGCAUCAGCCCGAUUGCUGAAGAGAUUAUGAAGGAGAUCUACAAGAAUGGGCCCGUGGAGGGAGCACUGCUGGUCUACACAGACUUCCUGCAAUACCAAUCCGGUGUUUACCAGCACAAGGCUGGGAUGGAGGUCGGGGGUCAUGCCAUCAAGAUUCUGGGCUGGGGCGAGGAGGAUGGAACCCCCUACUGGCUGGUGGCCAACUCCUGGAACACGGACUGGGGGGAUAACGGGUACGUAAAGAUUCUGAGGGGCAGCAACGAAUGUGGCAUCGAGGAGGGAGUUGUGGCUGGGAUCCCUCGCACAAGCAGCCUCCACCACCAGUGACACCAUCUGGUUCUCAACAUGGGUUGUUAAUCAGAGAACAGUACUCCCCAAUGCCAAGCUAGUUACACUUCCACCUAGCUUGAGUCACAACAGCGAGUGACUGACGCCCAGCUGCUAAUCUCUCUGCUUGAUCACACUCAACUACAGAAGCCGUCAGCACACUAACACCUGAAAUCAAUACUGACAGCAACACACACCAAGUGCUCAGGAAUUCUGCCGGCCAGGCAGCAUCUGUGGAAAUGAAUAAACAGUUAAUGUUUUAGGCCGAGACCCUUCAUCAGGACUGGAAAGGAAGGGUCUUGACCCGAAAUGUUAAUUGUUUAUCUAUUUCCAUAGAUGCUGCCUGACUUGCUGAGUUCUUCCAGCAUUUUGAGUGUGUUGCUUUGGAUUUCUAGCAUCUGCAGAAUCUCUUGUUUCUGAUUGUACCUAAAUACAUUUUUUUUAAGUCUUG